UGAGAGUCUGCUGGAGAGCUGAACUAACUCACAUACCUGAAGGAGGAGUUCACCAACUCAAGAGCUAAGUUUAGCUAAUUGGCUACUUGGCUAGCUGUCAGGAAAUUAAAUUUGAGCGGCUACAAGGCGGAGAAAACGACAAAGCAAAGUUGUGACCAGUGAACCUGUAGAAGAAGAGGACAAUGUUAACGCUGAAGGAUGGACAGAGACUUCAAGUGAACAAAUAGUCGGAAAAGGGGAGGAGAGCACCGAGAGCACAGCGAUGAAAUGUGAGGAGGAGAACCAGGAAGACCAAGAUUCUCACAUGGACGCUGACAUUGAAGUAAAAGGAAGCAAGUCCACUGUAACUGUAUCCUGGGACAAGAAGAAUGAGGAAGGAGAGAUGGAUGAUUCAGACAAGAGAACUAAUGCAAGUGGUCAGAUGACGGAAAGUGGAGCUGAUGCAGUCACUUCCACAGACGACGCUCCACGAGAGAACCCAGAGACAAACAUGAAGCAAGAGAUGCAGGAACCUGAAGAAUCUCAGAUGGACGCCUCAGCUGGAGGAAACGAAAGUACGCCCACUGUAACUGUAACCUGGGAGAAGAAGAAUGAGGAAGGAGAGAGAGAUGAUGUUAAAAAGAAAAGCAAAGGAGUAAAUAGGAAACGGAAGGAUCGCUCUACUGUUGAGACCUCCCCACCGAAGAAAACUAAGCUCAUCAAUGACGGGUUUUGUCUUUUCGUUGGCAACCUGAACAACGCGAAAACAUUUGAAGAAGUCAAAGAUUCAUUAGCAACUUACUUCAUGACACAAAGUCUCCUGGUGCAAGACAUCAGAUUAGACCGGUCCAAAAAGCAUGCACAUGUAGAUUUGGCCUCUGAGAUGGACUUGACCAAAGCCUUGACGUUAAAUGGAGAGACGGUGCUUGAUAAGCCGAUGAAGAUCGACAAAGCAAAGGUCAAAAGUGAGGACACGCUGAAGGUGAAAGCUUCAGCGGAGGACAAGAAAGCAACCAGAGAUGGCAGAUGCUUGUUUCUGAAGAACGUCCCGUACAGUGCAACCAAAAAAGACAUUAUGAAAAUCUUCCGCAAGGCCGUCGCCGUCAGGUUUCCUGGUGGAUCUGAAAGCCCAAACACAGGUAUUGCCUUUGUGGAGUUUAAAAAUAAAACCAUUGCAAAGAAAGUACAGCAGAAAAAACGGGUAGCCAAGAUCCAAGACCGGGUUUUGAUUGUGGACUUGGUAGGAGAAGCAAAUGUGUCUAAAGACGCCAAAGCAAAAGAUGGCGACAACAACAACAACACAACCACAAAAGCUCCAGCUCCUCCCAAUAACACCUUGUUUGUGAGCAACUUGUCUUACAAUGUGAAAGAGAAAAAACUGAAGAACGUCUUUCAGAAAGCUGUUCGUAUCAACGUGCCUCAAAGCAAAGGCAAACCAAGAGGGUACGCAUUUGUCGAGUUUGCGUCUGUGGCGGAUGCUGAAAAAGCCUUGAAGUCGACCCAAAAGAUGAAGAUCUGCAAAAGGGAAGUCAGAGUAGAAUUCUUUGAAAUGCGCGAGAAGGCGAAAGUCGAGUCAAAAACACUGAUCGUGACGGGCCUCGCUGAGAAGACGACCGCAGAAACUCUGAAAAGUGCUUUUGAAGGGGCGCUCAGUGCAAGAGUGCCUGUAGAUAAAGAGACAGGAGUUUCCAAACGGUUUGGUUUUGUGGAGUUUGCGAGCGAAGAAAACUGCAGUGCUGUCAGGCAAUUCAUGGAGGACUGUGAGAUAGACGGCAGCAAGGUGACUCUGGCUUAUGCAAAGCCCAAAGGCAAGAAAGAUCCUCCUAGGGCCAGAGGAGGUUUGGCGGGGCGUCCUGGCGGGCAGCCUGCAGGUCAGAGGGCUGGCAGAGGAGGGCGUAAAGACAGAGGAGGAAGAGGCAGUGGAGGAGGUAGAGGACGUGGAGCUGACAAGCUGCAGGCUGCUGUUAAAGAAGCGGGAAAUAAAGGCUGACUUUCUUGAGAAAAGUUAUUGUGGAGAUUUUUUUUUUAACCUGAGAUGAAAAUCUGAAAGCAUAUAUGAUCCCAGACUCCUCUGAGUUUGGUUUAAUGUACAGACUGCAAGGAUGUGAAAGGUUGUCUUGUUGGACGUGUGACCCCUUGUAGUUUCAGCUGUUCAGAUUUUGUACUUUAAACCUUAAUCCUGUAACUAUUAUGGAUGAACACUGACUUGUUUUCACACUAUGAAGCUCUGUUGUGUGAAAAGAUUAAGAUUUCACCUGUGUGAAAUUUUCUAAUGGGAAGAU